AGGGUGGUCCAUUUUCCUGUUGAACCCUGGGUGUCAUGUCUGGACCCUGUAGUGAAGGGUCUUCGUUUUGUCCCCUGGGUGUCAUAUUCCGGCCCCUUAGUGCAGGUUAGCUCCUCUUCCUAUUGCCCCCAGGUAUCAUAUCUAAGCACUGUCACAUUCUCCCUUCUGUCUUCCUGCCAGGUUGUGUCCUCAGACGUCCUGCAGGGGGCACGACUUCUCAUCCUGCACACGGGGCGGGACUUCCUGUUUGAUGACUGUGGUCGCGGGUUUACCGUUUUGCCCCUGGAGGAUCCACAAGCACCAGUAGAAUCCGUCACCUGCAACUUGGACAGUCUAUUGAAUGUACUGAGAUAUCAGCUGUGCCCUGGAUCUCCCCCUGGUGUCUGGAUCUGCAGCACGGAUAUGACCCUGACUCUGCGCUCUGUCCCAAGAAUAGAGUGGAACCAGUUUUGCGGUGCACGGGUCAUUGCUCUCCCAGGAUCUCCAGAAUACGCUCGGAAUCAUGGGGUCUAUUUGACAGACAGAAAGGGGACGGUGAGAGACAUUGUAUACCGAGGGAGUGAGGAGAGGAUCCGCGCCUGUCUGCUGGAGGAUCAACAUGUCCCCCUGGUGUCUGGAAUCGUCUUCCUCUCUUCAGAGACAGCGGAACGUUUUCUUGGCACUCUGGCCUCCUCUCCUCUGGACGGAUGUACCUACCAGGGACUGGACUCUGGAGCAGAACCUUUGGAGAUCUCGCUGUUCCUGGAUGUUCUGAUGAGUAUGUGUGAAGAUGUCACCGAGGAUAGGUUUCUGAGCGGAGCAUCGGGGCUUAGUGAUCGCUCGAAAAGUGCCCGGAUGGUGCUAUGGAAGGAGCUGCAUGAGCUUCCCCUGAACAUGGUGUACAUCCCAGAUGGCAGCUAUGAGUACCUGUCCCUCUGCGCUCACCAUCACAUCACCAGUCUGAUAAAAGCCGCUUCACAAGGAUCCCAGGGGAAGAAGAUGGCUCAAUCAUUUGUCACGGUGAGUAAAGGAUGGAGAACAUGGGGAUGGGGGACCAAGGGAUGGG